AUGACGAAGCCUCAACACAACGCAACCUUCUCACGCAUGAACAAAAUCGAUGUCUGGGGAUAUUUUGAGGCCGAGGGAAAAAUAUUUAUUAUGACGAAGCCUCAACACGACGCUACCUUCUCACGCGUGAACAAAAUCGAUGACUGGGGAUCUUUGGAGGCCGAGGGAAAAAUAUUCAUAAUGACGAAGCUUCAACACAACGAUACCUUCUCACGCAUGAACAAAAUCGAUGACUGGGGAUCUUUGGAGGCCGAGGGAAAAAUAUUCAUAAUGACGAAGCCUCAACACGACGCUACCUUCUCACGCAUGAACAAAAUCGAUGGCUGGGGAUCUUUGGAGGCCGAGGGAAAAAUAUUCAUAAUGACGAAGCCUCAACACAACGCAACCUUCUCACGCAUGAACAAAAUCGAUGACUGGGGAUCUCUGGAGGCAGAGGGAAAAAUAUUCAUAAUGACGAAGCUUCAACACAACGAUACCUUCUCACGCAUGAUCAAAAUCGAUGACUGGGGAUAUUUGGAGGCCGAGGGAAAAAUAUUCAUAAUGACGAAGCCUCAACACAACGCAACCUUCUCACGCGUGAACAAAAUCGAUGACUGGGGAUCUUUGGAGGCCGAGGGAAAAAUAUUCAUAAUGACGAAGCCUCAACACGACGCUUCCCCCUCAAUCGCCCCCAAAAUCGAUGACUGGGGAUCUUUGGAGGCCGAGGGAAAAAUAUUCAUAAUGAUGAAGCCUCAACACGACGCUUCCCCCUCAAUCGCCCCCAAAAUCGAUGACUGGGGAUCUUUGGAGGCCGAGGGAAAAAUAUUCAUAAUGAUAAAGCCUCAACACGACGCUACCUUCUCACGCGUGAACAAAAUCGAUGACUGGGGAUCUUUGGAGGCCGAGGGAAAAAUAUUCAUAAUGACGAAGCCUCAACACGACGCUACCUUCUCACGCAUGAACAAAAUCGAUGACUGGGGAUCUUUGGAGGCCGAGGGAAAAAUAUUAAUAAUGAUGAAGCCUCAACACGACGCUACCUUCUCCUCGCAUGCCCAAAAUCGAUGA